AUAUAUUUUGGAGCCCAAACAUAAGCCCAAUCCAAUAGCCCAAUUAUUGAAAAACUAGGUCAGUCUCCUCUCUCACUCUCCACUACACACAACGGUAGAAAAUCUCUCAGCUCUGACUGAGCCAUCUCCGGCCACCCUCUGUCUCGACACCACCAUCUUCUUCUCACUCUCUCGCCGGAAUCUCCACCACCUCAAUCACGAUAAAGAGCUGACUGUUAAAGAAGCAAUUUUUUGGGGCUUUAAAAAAAAGAGAUGAAUUGAUUGAUAUGAUAGGAGAGGUGUAGAAGUAGUACUAUGCAUACUUCAAAAUGGGUUCUUGUGGAUUGUAUUCGGAGAUGCAAUAACUGGAGAUCUUUCAAGCAAAUCCAUGCCCACUUGUUAACAACUGGUCUAGUUUAUAAUGAUGACUUAAUCACGAACACUAUUGUCGACUACUUUGGCAAAACUACUGCUGCUUUUGUUGUUGAUUACGCCUGUGAUUUCUUCAAACAUUUGGAUUCGCGGUCGAGCUCUUUCCCUUUCAAUACGUUGAUUUCUGGGUAUGCAGGAAGGGACAUGCCAAGGGAAGGGGUUUUGGUGUAUAGAAGAUUAGUGAGAGAUGGGUUUGUACCCGAUACCUUCACUUUCCCGCCUCUUCUGAAGUCAUGUACUAAGUCCCGGGGAAUUGGAGAAGGGAGACAGUUCCAUGCAGUGAUUUUCAAUAUGGGGUUUUCAAGUCAUGUUUAUGUGCUAAACUCGCUAGUGCAUAUGUACAGUGUUUGUGGUGAUUGUAAAGGUGCUUCUGCAGUGUUUGAUGAAAUGCUUGUGAGAGAUGCGGUCUCUUGGUCGUGUUUAAUAUCUGGGUUUGUGAAAACUGAGUUGUUUGAUGAGGCCAUAGCUUUGUUCUUGAAAAUGGAGGUUGAACCCAAUAUGGCGACUUUUGUUAGCGUACUUGUGGCCUGUGGCCGAAAAGGGUAUUUGAGAUUGGGGAAGGGGAUUCAUGGACUGAGUUUUAAGCGUCCCGUAGACACUCCUUUGCUUUUAGGCAAUGCUUUGAUGGAUAUGUAUGUCAAGUGUGAGCAUUUGUGUGAAGCCAAGCAAACCUUUGAUGAACUUUCAGAAAGGGAUGUUGUUUCCUGGACAUGCGUCAUAAGUGGAUUGGUGCAAAGUGAACACCCCAAGGGGUCAUUAGAAUUGUUCUGCGAGAUGCAGCAAUCAGGAAUCGAACCUGAUAAAAUUAUACUUACGAGUGUGCUUUCUGCUUGCGCGAGUCUUGGGGCUCUUGAUUACGGGAGAUGGGUCCAUGAGUACAUCGAUCGCAGUGGCAUCAAAUGGGAUAUUCAAAUUGGGACUGCUAUGAUGGACAUGUAUGCAAAAUGUGGCUGUAUAAAGAUGGCAUUACAGAUUUUCAAUGAAAUGCCUCGUAGGAAUAUCGUUACAUGGAAUGCCUUGUUGAGUGGUUUGGCAAUGAAUGGCCAGGCACACGAAGCACUGGGACAGUUCAAAGAGAUGACAAGGUCGAACGUCAGACCAAAUGAGGUGACCUUUCUAGCAAUUCUAACAGCUUGCGGUCAUUCUGGUUUGGUUGAUGAAGGGCGUACGUACUUUCAUCAGAUGAUGAGAGAACCCUAUAAUGUUUCUCCAAGGUUGGAACAUUAUGGAUGCAUGGUUGACUUGCUGUGUAGGGCUGGACUCUUGGAUGAGGCUCAAAAAUUGAUAAAGUCUAUGCCAAUGCAGGCUGAUGUGUUAAUAUGGGGAGCUCUUCUUAGUGCCUGCAAGACCUUUGGAAAUUUUGAACUUUCUCAUGAAAUAUUAGAUGGGCUCCUAGAGCUUGAAUCUGAAGAUAGUGGGGUUUAUGUGCUCCUAUCAAAUAUAUAUGCUACUAAUGAAAAAUGGAGUGAUGUAAUAAAGGUGAGGAGGCUAAUGAAAGAGAAAGGCAUAAGAAAGGCACCAGGGUCCAGUGUGUAAUAUGCUUUUCAAUGAAUUUCCAAUAUAUAUUAUAAUGUGAGUUAUAGUUUCUUGAGUAGAUAAAUUAUGAAAUUUUUUUAGAACUUGAA